CUAGGAAGUGCACUUAUGUAGGGAGCAGGGGGGUGUUUGUGAUGUAGCCAAGCGGACUCCUGGGUUCGAGUUGUCCAGUAGAGAGAGCUGUUUGUGUCGGUAGUGUGUUUUUCGUCUCUGCUUAGCUGAAAGCGGAUAUUGUAAAGUAAAGUGAGAGACAGAGAGAAGCUAUAAGACGGAGUUGUCGUGUCAAUCUGGGUGAACGGAUCUCCCUUCCCGGCCUGGCCAUGGACGAACAGGCGGGUCCCGGUGUGUUUUUUAACAAUAACAAUAACUCGGCUUUGGCCGGUGGAGUCAAAGCAGUUCAGCCGGGCGACGGAGGCGGAGAGGCGGCGAGGGCGCAGUACAGUAUCCCGGGGAUCCUGCACUUUCUGCAGCACGAAUGGGCCCGUUUCGAGGUGGAGAGAGCGCAGUGGGAUGUAGAACGGGCCGAAUUACAGGCGCAGAUUGCCUUCCUACAGGGCGAACGGAAAGGCCAGGAGAACCUGAAGAAGGAUUUGGUGAGGAGGAUCAAGAUGCUGGAGUAUGCUCUGAAGCAGGAAAGGGCAAAAUACCACAAGCUAAAGUAUGGGACUGAACUCCUGCAGGGAGACAUGAAAGCACCAAGCUAUGAUUCAGAUGAUGGCAAUGAAAAUGAGGUUCUUCCAGAACCACCUAACAGCCAGCUGAGCUGGAAACAAGGAAGGCAGCUUCUGAGGCAGUACCUUCAGGAGGUGGGCUACACGGACACUAUCCUUGAUGUGAAGUCUCAGAGGGUGAAGGCAUUGCUGGGGCUGACGGGAGACAGUGUGGAGCGAGCUGGAGACCGUAAGACAGAGCCCAUGGUGAACGGCACAGAGCCUUCAUCUCUGAAGGAAAGCACCACCAACAUGAUGGGGAAACCAGAAAUGUCUGAUUCUGCGACGGUUCUGGAGGCCUUCAAGUUCAUUGAGAGCGCAGCUGCAGAGUUCAGUGAUGAGGAGGAUGAGGAGGACAGUGAUGGGAGGGAAAAGACCAUCAUUGACUUAGCAACAAUGAUGAGGAAGAAAGUGUCCCCAUCUCCAUCCUCUUCCUCUUCCUCGGCUGAUCUCAGUGAUGACCCGGAUACUGAGGAGGCUCUGAAGGGGUUUGACUUCCUUGCCAGCAGUGAGGACAUGGAGGGCUCACCAGAAUCUCCCGCCACCGGAGACGUGGUUGAUUGGGAGAAGGAGCCAAACGCCAUGACAGAGGCCUGGGAGGUGGACCAGAGCCUGAUCUCCAAACUCAAGGAGCAGUACAGGAAGGAGCGCAAGGGCAAAAAGGGGGUGAAGAGGCCAAACAAGUCUAAGCUGCAGGACAUGUUGGCUAAUCUGAGAGACGCCGAAGAUCUUCCCUCCAUGCAGCCGCCUGUGGCUCCCCCGGCCAGACCCAGCUUACCCCGCCUCAACGAGCAUGAUCUCAGCCGUGCUGAUGAAGUGGAAGCUCUUACAUUCCCUCCAUCCACUGGUAAAUCGUUUAUAAUGGGAGCGGAUGAGGCUCUGGAGAACGAGCUGGGACUGGGAGAGUUGGCUGGUCUGACUGUAGCUAAUGAAGCAGAAAGUCUGGCCUACGAUAUCACCAACAACAAAGACGCUUUGAGGAAGACGUGGAACCCCAAGUUCACACUGAGAAGCCAUUUCGACUCCAUCCGCAGUCUGGCGUUCCACCCUCAAGAGCCGGUGCUGGUCACAGCUUCAGAGGAUCACACACUGAAGAUGUGGAACCUGCAGAAAACAGCUCCUGCCAAAAAGUGCGCUGCUCUUGAUGUGGAGCCCAUUUACACAUUCCGAGCUCACAGGGGUGCAGUUCUGUGUGUGGUCAUGAGCAAUAACGGAGAGCAGUGUUUCAGUGGAGGAGUUGACGGGACCAUCCAAAGCUGGAACACUCCUAGUCCCAAUAUUGACCCCUAUGACUCAUAUGAGCCGUCUGUGCUGAGGGGGGCGCUGUGUGGUCACACUGAUGCAGUGUGGGGUUUAGUCUACAGUUCAGCCCACCAGAGGCUGCUGUCCUGUUCGGCAGACGGGACGGUGCGACUUUGGAAUGCUGCAGACACUUCGCCCGCGCUUGCCAUCUUUAACGAAGACACGGAGUUUGGCAUCCCCUCCUCUGUGGAUCUGGUGUGCAGUGAGCCAGCUUACAUGGUGACAGCCUUUAGCAAUGGCAGGACAGGUAUCUUCAACAUGGAGACACAGCAGCUGGUGCUGGAGCUGGAGUCUCAGAAUGCUGGGGAACCAGAUGCCCCUUGUCAGAUUAACAAAGUGCUGAGCCACCCGACACUGCCCAUCACCAUCACGGCACAGGAAGACCGCCACAUUCGCUUCUUCGACAACAAUACAGGUAAACUUAUUCACUCCAUGGUGGCUCACCUGGACGCUGUGACCAGCUUAGCAGUGGAUCCUAAUGGACUCUACCUGAUGUCUGGAAGUCACGACUGCUCCAUUCGCCUCUGGAACAUGGAGAGCAAGACGUGCAUUCAGGAGUUCACGGCUCACAGGAAGAAGUUUGAGGAGUCGAUUAACGAUGUGGCGUUCCACCCCACCAAGUGCUACAUCGGCAGCGCCGGAGCCGACGCCCUCGCCAAAGUCUUCGUAUGACCUCUGACCUCUGUGGCCUUGAGGAAGGGAAAUGGACCCUAAAGGCAAAGACAAGAGUUGCCUUUUAGACAGAGGCUUUCCCUUCAUGCUUUGGCAUUCGUUAUGAUGAAUAAAAGAGAACGUUUGUCAGGUGGCCAUCACUCCAGCCCUCUUUACCCACAAACUCCCUGUCUGAAACGUAUAACCCCUUGUCCAGGCAGGCCUGGGCGGGGGAAUAGGACGGCGCAAGAACACUUGCAGCUCAGUACAAACACUCUCUUUGAGAAGUCCAGACACCAACCCUGCUGGAGAGAACCUCUUUAUAGAAGUGUGUAUGUGUGUCUGUGUCUGUGUGUGCGCAUGCAUUCACUCCUCUCCAGCAUGACCGGGUUGCCCACAGAGCCGUCCUGCUUUGCCAACCUCACAGGAAGUCGGGUGCUUCCCACACCGUUUGUUUUUCUUCUUCCUUUCUUUUUCGGCUUCCUGAAAAGAGAAAGAGAAAGAAGUCAAGGCUCCUAGCCUCCAUGGUCUGUGUGAUGUUCUCUCAGUGUAAACUGUUUGAUGACGAUGUGCCUUUGUUUCAAACACAGUCUCGGUAAACAGCGGUAACUUCAUAGGUCUAAGUCAAGCUCAGGCUGGAGGGAGUUGUCCCGGUUUAUCAGCUCUUCACUCCCAGAGGGCCGUGCUGUAACAUAAUAAUCAUCAUUCCUUGUUUCUUAGUUUUAUGACACCGUGGGCUUUCCAAGGUUUUGUCUCAACAAGUUGCUACAGUAGGGGUAGGGAACAAAUAUAUUUUUCAUGAGCGUUAGAAUUUGGAUCUCCAUGCUGAUAGAAAAUGUUCUUUUCCUCAAAAUGUUACUGGCUUUGACAUAAGAGAAGUUGAGACUUUAAUGGAAUACAUCAGAGUUUUUCAUCCUCGUUACAGUCCACCAGGUCAGUAGCCUAUGUGCAGAUUUCAAGGGAUAAGAUUUUCACUUAGGACUAGGGGCAGAUUAAAAGUCAUUAAUAAAGGGGAAGAGAUCAAGUAGCAAACGAUGCAAAUCGUUAGUACAUUCUAACACUAACUGUCUUAACAAAGCUGUCACUUUCGAAUCCAGUGUAAUUUAUUGGAACUGAAAAAUGUCUCUGAAAGGAUGAAUUCUAUAGAUUAGAUCUUAAUUUACAAACAUCGUGGACUAAAGAAAUCAUUAAAUACAGCAAUGUGCAAAACACCAACGUUCUCCAUAAAAGUGAACCUCCUCUCUACUAAAGUACAAAUAUUUAAAUAAGACUUUUAUUUGUUCUUUUGCCUUUCUCUUAUAAAAGAAAUUGAAGCAAAGGUCAUUCUAAAGCUCUUGGAGAACCAGCUAUCAUCUAUUACAUUUUGAUAGCUAAAAUGCUAAACAUUGAGGCUUACAAUCUAAAAAUGUACUUAAUUCUGACACCCUAAAAAGAAAAAAUUAACAAAACAUAAAAACUGUAAUGAGUCUAAGAUUUUUUAGGUAUCAAUUUAUUUAGCAUAAAUUAAUUAUUUAUUGAUUGAUUACAACAACUGCCCUUUUUGUAAAUGUUUUUAUAGACUUCCUUUGUAAAUGUCUUUAUAAUAUGUUUUUUCUGUUCUUUUUCUCAGUACAGUUAAAUAAUUUGAAGCCUGUGGUAAUCACAUAUACUGCAGGUUUGGUGGAUAAGUGCAACAUUUAAAAAAAUAAAAUAAAAACUCUGAAGUAUUCCUUUAAGUGAACUCCUCUUCUAUUCAGUAGAUGUCAAAAAUAUCAAAUCACAUGGCUUUUAAAAAUCCAAUCCACAAGCCGAGGUUUCUGACGUUUCUCACUCUCGAGUGUAUGUGAUGUGAAGAUUUGGACUCAGUUCAGAUUCGCUGCUUGUCUUUACAGCUGGAGGCUUGGAGCUCUGAGGUUCUGUGAUUCAAUCCCUCAAUGAGUUUCACCUUAUCUCUGUUUUCUGCUCCAUGUUUUUAAAUGUUUCUUUUCGUUUGCAUCGUGCUCUCUUCUGAAGACAUUUUGAAAAAUAAGAGUAAUAAAUAUUGAUUUAUAAUAUAAUACAAUAUAAUAUAAUAAUAUACUGUUAUUGUAUUAUAUUAUGAGAUUUGAAUAUUCGUCAUAGUUUGGUUCAAGUUCAUCCAGGACUCGACUUGUACAUAGAACGACUUUAAAGUAAAUUAUUUAUUGAACCUUUUACGGCAUUUCUCUGUGGCUUGACAUCUAAAAACGAAUGGGUUUUUAUUGUGUUGUGUCUAAUUUCUAAAGCACCUUUAAAUAGCUAGAUAAACUCCCCCAAAUUCUGUAUGAUCUAAUUGUUCUAUAGUUUUAUAGCCAUUUAUAUUACAGUAUUUAUUGGAAGCAUUAGGUUGUGAUCUCUAAGCUUGUUUUAGUUGUAACCGUGUCCUCGUUCAUGAAGAGGACCUCCAGCUGAUCCGAUCUGAUGUAAUAGAAUUGUAUGUUUUGUGCAGCGGCUACAGUAUACUCGUUUACUUUACAGGGUUUUGUUUUGUUAUAGUCAGACGCUUCUGCAGGGUUUUUUCUUUUUCCGUCCACAGAGAACGCGAGACGUCACUAUCAUGUAACGCAAACGUCGUAAUGUUUCAACAGAAGUAGUGAAGUCUGAUUCGAUCCUUUUUCAUGUGAAUGAUUAACUAGCCUAGAAUUAGAUUAGAUGUUGCAUUAACGGAUGAUACUCGAGAAAGGGUGCGAACCGAUCGAGCGAUCUGUUUUUCGCAGUGUGUUUAAACGAACCUCAGACAAGCUGUACCAGAACUGCAGUGAUUCAGCUUAGCUUUUAAAUGUUUAAGGGAUUUUGUUUCUUUUAUUUAAAAAAAACAACGUUUUCUUUCUGUUAUUUAUAUAUUAAUAGCAUAUUUUUGUUUUGUUUAAGCCAAAUGGAUGAUGAUUAUUUAAGCCACCUGCAGUGGGGACAUGUGGGUUAAUCUGUGGCUUUGGAUGAUCAGGAGUUUUUGGGAAUUUAUGAUGUGUGUCUGAAGUCAGAGAACAAAAGGCUUUUGACACUUUGCACACUCCUGCUUUGACGCUCUGAUCUACCUGAAGGGAUGGCUCUGUAAUGAGUUGAAAUAUAUAUUUUAUAUAGAGUUACGUGGAACAAAUACUAGUUAUUUUUAUUUACUUGUACAGGUGGUGACGGAGGCUGCAAAUGAAUCUUAAGCCAGAUGUGAUGCAGAUUGUUAGAUUAAUAUUUUUAAGGUUUUUUUUGUUUGUUUGUUUGUUGUUUUGGGUUUUUCUUUGGGAGGGGUGUCUGUGAUUACUUGAAACAUGUUGGAGUGUUUCUCUGAGGGUGCCUGUCUAAAAUCCUUUGUUGUUGAUGGGUAAAGUUGCUCAUUUUACACAGAUUUUAUGCCUUUUCUUUGAUGACGUGAGCAAAAGAAAAGAGUUUGUCUUAUGUGCUUUUGCUGUCUUUAGUUUCAGGACUUUCGAUUUUAAAUAAUGGAAAUUAAAGGGUUUGUUUUUUGGCUGCUUCACCAAAUGGAGACUAGUAUUAGGUAGAUUGCAGGUGUGUGUGUGUGUGUGUGUGUGCGCGCAUGUGUGUUCUGUACUUUUUUGAUCCUUUUGUUCUUUCAGGUGCAGAAUAAUUUUAGAAAUUCACUAUGUAUAGUUUUUAAGUGUUUGCAAACAGACUAUUUAUGAACACGAAAUGCCGUGUACAUUCAAGUGCAAAAAAAAAAUAAACGUUACGCAGUGAUGCAAAGUUUUAAAGGAACAGUUCAGGCAAAAAGUGAAAUGUACACCAUUUUUUUUAAUUGUACCAAAACAUACUUGGCCAGCAGGAUGUAGUUUGCACCUUAUAUAAUAAGAAGAGGAGGAAAAUGCUUCUCCAGAAUUUGAUCCUUCGCUUCAGUCUGUUGUUAACAAUAAUGUUAAACCACAAUAUUCCAGUAAUGAAGUUCUUCAUUUUAAACUAAUAUUUCUAACUUGAAAUGAUAAAUUGCAGUACUUUUUUUGGGAUAGAGAACUAUUAAAGGUUCCGUCUAAUAUAUAAGCUAAGAAGUGAACAGGUGUGAGUAAGUUAUAAACAUUCAAAUUAAACAAUAAGAUUUUGCAUGGACAAUAAGGUGGUCCCUGAUACUGCCUGCAUUCUCAUGGGCUUCCUGUGGGAUCUGUUUCUGUCAUGAGGUGUGUCCCCAUGCAGAAUGUCUCCCACCUCGUACCUUAGUGAUCCUCACACAGGCUUCACAGCCAUCACGACAACAUUUAUGACCAUCUUGGAUAAAGAUCUUAUUGCACUGACUGUGUUAGAGUGAGGAGUAAAUUUAUUUCGUUUUGUAAGAGCUGUUCCUUUAAUCUUAAUAGAAUAUAAACGGUCUUAAAGGACAACUCUGAUGUCUGCUGUUCCAUCGGUUUACCCGAUCAUGAAAGCAACAAAGAAUCAAGAUUAAAGAUUUGUUUGUCGUCGUGUUGGACAGAAUUUACAGUACUACUUUAAUCAGUGCCACAUUAAUCCGUUUAAAAUAAUACAAAAAUAAAUAUAGAAUCUAAUUUCCGCAAAUCUUAUUCCAUCUUAAUCCUUUAAACAAUUCAUAUUUUUCGUAUUCCAACAAAAUAAAUUCCAGGUUUGUGUGUUGCUUUUAGCAAAACCCCAAAUGAAGACAUGUUUUCCCCUUUAGUUUGCACUGGAGCUAUGAAGAUAAUGUAGUAAAUAAGUAUGAGGUGCUUAUACAGUAGGUGUUAGUUCAGCAUCGUGCAGAUUCCAUGUCCAAAUCAUUACACACUUGUCUCAAGCCAUGUUGAGCUGUUCAGGGUCUCUGAAUUUGUCACAGAGCUAAAACAUUGUAUUAGUCCACAGGUAAAUUCUCAAUUCUGAUUGGUGGAAAUUGUCAAUUUACCUUUCUAUAACCUCAGCUCUAACAUGUCCAGUUUAUCUCAGUGCACUCCUUCUAUGCCGAUCUUACGCAGGGACUUACAUGAUGCUCCAUGUAAACAGAUUUUAAGCUGAAGUUUUCCUUGACGGAGUCACGCAAGUGAUAUUGCAAACUAAGUGGUUUCACACAACAUUAAAUGUAAUUAUUAAUUAAUAAAACCAUGCUCUGGUGUUCUUUAAUUGGUCAUUUAAAAAUAAUAAUUGCUGUGGUAUAACACUUCAAGAUGUGCUGUUAUGAGGAAAAUAAUCAAUAAGCAUCACAUCACUCCCAUCAUUGACGAUGUGCUUAUAACUGCAUGACUCCAGUAGCUUUAUUUUUUGACAUGAUACACGAUUCUUUAGCUUUUAAGUUGUUUUAUGUGGUUACAGACGUCGUGAAUCAUGUGUGUCAAUACUGCAGGUUUAGACUUUUUACUUCUAGCUCCAGUGCAAAAUAUCACAUUUGCUCCUAAUGACUAAGUUACUACAUUUAUGAUAAUGAGGUAAAAUAUCUAAAAUAUUGUUUUUAUUGCUCACAUUUGUACUUUCCUGUAUGUCAAACCGAUGAAACUACAUUUUCAGACAUCAGAGUCGUUUUUAAAUUAAAUUCAGGAAUUGUCGAUUCACAAGAACGAUGCCUCCUGCUGGUCAGAGAUGGGAAUUUAUUGGCUGAUUUGGUGAAAUAGGUUAAACGUUAAUAUACCUUCAGACUCGAGUGCUGGUGGUUUUAACCGAAUCAAAAUAAUCCACAUCAUAAAGCAGCACUAUUACACUGCCAGUGAGCGACCCCAGUAAGGCAGUGUGGACUUUAAACUCCCUCCAGUUCCUGCAUUGCUUCAUCUGAGCAUUCAGGUGAUCUGUUUAUUAUUAGGCCACAGGUUUAAACAGUGACAGAUGACCUGUUUCCAUCCUGCCACGUCGCGUGUGUGUGGUGUCCUGUGAUUCGAAGCAGUGCUCGGUGAAGUGGCUAUUUUUAUUGUGUUUAGGAAGAAGUUUGUUGUGAACAUGCUGAUCAAGAUCGGCUCUGUUUGCAUUUCAUUCACUACAGAGAUUAUAAUCUGAAACAGGGUUCUGUGUACUGAUUUGAGCGAGUUUUUGGAACAUGUGAAGCACCAGAAUUGAAAUUCUAACCCAUGCGAUGUAAAGAGAGAUUAUACAAAUUGGAUAAAUAUGUGAAUUUACUUGUACAUAUUUAUAGUUUAUUCUUUUCCAUGUUGUAUUUUCUUUCUUUUUUUGCAGAUGGAAGACAUUUAUCAGUAUAAUACAAUAAUAAAAGAGAAUGUUGUA